AUGAGUAUUAGAUUGAUCUAAAAUUAGAAAAUUGCUUCACAGUCGAUAACUAUAUUUGGAGAACAACAAAUUAGUUUAAGAAAUAUUCAGAGAAGUCAAAGUAAGGAUGGUAUCGAUAUAUUGUAAGAGGAAGAAGUGGGAUAUUAUUUUUGUAAAAUGACUAAUUUUUGUUCUAUAAAUAAUUUAAUGAUCACUUAAUAUAAUCUAUAAAUAGAAAUGAAACUCAUCUCAAUAAUCAAUGCUGAUGCAAUAGAAAAGGUGCAAUUUUUACAAUAUAAAGCCGGGAUGUAAAUGUAUUGA